GGCCCAAUGAGAGAAUCCGACCAAUUUGUGAGAAUAGAGGAUACCGAUAGUAGAGGGUUCGCCUGUUUUAUUACAUGGAUACAGGAUUCGCGAUUAGUACUUAGAUCUGUUCCUACUGCCCUAUCCGUCCUCUACUUGUCCCACAAGUACAUGGUUCCCGAGAUCUUGGAGCCUGUCCUUCAGUAUAUAUUAUGUAAUGUAAACGAGGACACCGUCCUUCAAGUCCUACAGACAAUUCUUCUCUACUACAGACCUCCAGGACUACCAUCAGCUCCGUCUUUGCCCCCUGCCCCAUCCUUACAGGCUUGUGAACCUUCUUCUCCUUCUCCUUCUCCUCCUUCUCCCCCACCCCCUUCUCUCCCUCCUCAGCAGCAUGAUCUAUAUGAAAAGGUGUUCGCUGUGUGUCUGACAACCUUUGACCGGUCCGCUAGCAGAAUCCUCGAGAGUGAGGAGGUCGAGGACCUCAGUAGGGACCUCCUAGUCCUUCUCCUUUCAAGAUCUAGUCUUAGAAUUCAGUCUGAAAUAGAAAUAGCGCGCGCAGUUGAAAGAUGGGGAAGCGUGCAGGCGCGAAGGUCUGGGUAUACGCGCGCCCAGGUUCUCGGAGAUACGACCUACCUCAUCAGGUUCCUCACCAUGUCCGCGCAGGAGUUCAAGCGCGGUGUAGCAGGCACUGGACUUCUGAGCACACAAGAAGAACAGAGUCUACUCUUUUGUCUAAUACGACCGGGGGCGUGGCUUCCACCCCAGUUGGACGGGAUCAGGGGCGUGCUCUCCACCCCCCGUAGAUGGAGGGACAGGAACAGAGCCUGGUUCACUAUUAAGCAGAAGAACCAGCUGCAGGUUAAACCAACCUGUAGAGAUAUUGGAGAGAGAAGGUUUACUGCCGUAGAGAAGGUUUUCCUUUGUCUUGCAUGUAUUUUCGACUAGAAUAUAUAUUCGAAUAGUCUAUAUAUGUAGCUAGUAAAUAUAUUCGACCAGUCUACAUAUGUAGCUAGUAAAUAUAUUCGACCAGUCUAAAUAUUCGACUAGCCUGUAUUUCUGCCUGGUCUAUUUAUUCGACUUGUCUUAAUAUUCGACUAGUUUACAUAUUUGACUUGUAUAUAUAUUCGACUAGUCUAUAUAUUCGGAUAGUCUAUAUAUUCGACUAGUCGAUAUUUAUAUUUGUACUAAUUCAUAUAUUCGACUUGUUUAUAUAUUUGACUAGUUAAUUUAUUCGACUAGUCUACAUAUUUUACUAGUUUAUAUAUUCGACUAGCCUUAUAUGCAACUAUUCUAUCUAUUCGACUAGUUUUUAAUUGACUUGUCAUUAUAUUCAACUAGUCCGUAUAUUCGAAUCAAGUCAAAACAAUGAAAAAACAACAAUGUACUGAUUGUACACUCCUUUUUAAUAUAGGCCUAUCAACCUUUGCCAUGUUGUUCCCAAUCCCCAAAACUCUUUUCUUUAAAAAAACAGUUCAUGGACUGUUUUUCAGCCCUGCAUUGAUCAUGAUUAAAUUUACAAAAAAUUACGAAAAUUUUUCAUAAUAUUGGCACAAAUUUGCAAUCUUUUUGUUAUUGUUUAUCUUGAUAUAUUUAUAUAUUUGUUGUUGUAAACCGGUUUAAAUGUAAACAUAUGUGAUUAAAUAAUUUGUCAUAACGCUUGGAAUUCACCUAGUUUUUCUUCUUCAGGGAUAUAUGGCAUUUCAAAGAUCAAAAUUUAAGUAAGGGAAAAAAAUAAAAAAUAUGUAAUGAUUAAUUUUCAACUGAAAACGUUCUCCAAGUUGAGAAAUUACGUCGUUCUGAAAAACUUUCUUUUCACAUUUAGCAAAUAUAUUAAGAUUUGGUAAAGAAUGAAUAUGAUAAUUUACUUUUGCUCCGAAAAAAAGAUUGGGGUGGGGUUCCAAUCACAAAAUUUAAACUUCAAAGUUCUUA